GGUCAAUGUCGAAUUGUUGGCACUCGUUCUGGAUAACGAUGCGACUUCUACUUCAAAUAUUCAAGCGAGUUCGCAUGCGAGCGACCGUUAUAUCACGCUUCCUGUCUCAAUGCUUGGUUCUUCUUACCCUGCCGGGAACAUACUUCUUCGAUUGCUCUUUCUUCCCGCAAUCUGCUCGAAGCCGGCGUCGAAGUCUAUGGAGCUCAAUGGCCGACGGUGAUGCAUCCAACGGGUCAGUUGCGACCAUAUUUCUCAAAACAUAGGAAACAGCCAGUGCAACAUCUACUGCGAGUGGCUGGAAUUCUCGGGCGAUGAUAAAGCAACGGCACUUCGUCGCGAACGCACAUUCGGUUUUUAAAUACCUCGUUAACAACCGAGAUUCAUCUUCCUAUGUAGUGGGCUCCGGCUCCGGUCUCGGUGCAUGCCCAAGCUUGGUCAAAACGAUGUUCGAGACCGUGUAGUUAUUGCUCUCAGUCCAUCGAUGCAGACUCUCAUUUGGAAGAAACGCUUCACGCAGUUGCCUCACUUGCCUGCUUGAACGCAGGGAUCAAAAACGCGGGAGACACGACCAUGGUUUCAAGUCGUUGACAUCUCGCUCUCAUUAACAUACUAGCCCUUCGAGACUGGCUAUUGAUCUCAUUCUGCAUGGACAUACACAUGCAUCCUUUCUAUAUUGUCUUUAUUCUGAUCGCAGCUGCCUUUAUCUACGAUAUACUCUACUCAAUCUCACGCGACAUUGAAGGCAAAUCUAGCCGAUCAGGAGUUCACCAGAUUCCAAACACACAGGUGUACUGAUCCCAAAGCGACAACCAACUCUACAAAAAUGCCUAACGGAUUCGGCUUUCUAAGCCAAGAAGAGGAUUGGAAGCACCCAAUCUCCCGUGCCAUGGCCCACGCGCAUCACAAAUGACUCUUGUAAUGCUGGCUGAUGCGAAAGCGCUUACCUUUCUACCACAAAACACUCUCGCAAAUGUGAUUGCUUUUCGAUGCUGCGCAUCAGCAAUAACUGGGGUUGCGUACAAUCCUCAGCAUGGCCGAUUUGCCUAUCACGCUGGGAAAUAUCGACGUCGUUCAAAACACUCAACCGGUUUAUAAAAACCCAUGCUGUUAUAGCACAAGCGCUCGUCAUCCACAUCUCUAUCACCCAUAUCUCAUCGUUCAAGUGAGUCAAUGCC